ACUUCAUUAAUUGAUGAAUUUGAAGGACUGAGAGAAAUGAAAAGACAGAUCAUCUUUGGAGUGGUGGGAUUUCUUACAGUGACUUCUAUACUUUUUUGUUCAAAUUAUGGAGUGUACUUUUUCACUGUUCUUGCAAGAUAUGCCGGCAUCACACAAAUGGUCUUGAAUUUACUUUUAUUGUUGGUUGUUUUGUGGAUUUAUGGACGAGAGCGAUUCCAACGUGAUGUGAAUUUUAUGACUUCACGAAUUUAUCCAACAUGGAUGGUGAAUAUUGUUCGAUUUGUUGCACCUUUGUUUCUUCUUUUCGGAUUGUUAAUUGCGGUCUUUAUAAGUAUGGAAUUUAACCAUUCUCCAACAUCUUUGUUUGCAUUGGGAACGAUUAUUUUCUUGUUUUCAUGGUUUCUUAUUCCGGGAUAUUGUAUUUUUAAAAUAAAACAAACAACUGGAGGAAUUGGAAAUCGUUUGAGAAGAUGUAUUCGACCAACUGAUUGGUAUCCUGCUGAUCCAGUUUAUAAGCAAAGAUAUGAGGAGAAUUUUAAUAGCGGAGAUAUUUCACAUCAGUUGACAAAUGCAACUUUGGAAUAAGAUUUAAGAAAUAUAAAAGACUA